AGCAGAACACUGCUGAAUUACCGGGAACAUAGCAAGAAAAUAAAUAUCAUAUAUAAACACUGCAAAAUCAAAUAAAACAACAAAACACACAGGAACAAUAAUAAGAAGGAUAUUUGUGAUCACGUGAUAGUGGUGCUUUUGGUUGCGUUUGAUAUUUAAUAAACAUGAAGAUGCCAAAAACCGGUUCCUCGGCUCGAGACCAGAUGUCUGCCAAGGAGGCGCUCGCGCAGAGCUGUGACGACGCUCCCUUCGUCCCCACGGUCACUGCCAUCGCGACGGCGCCUGAUCUGAAGUGGAUGGUCUUGUCCACUGACAUUUCAUCAGUCAGUCCCUGCAGCGGAGACAAGCAGAAGAAGGAACACGCUCCUCAGAAGAAAGCACACACACUUCAGAAGAAGACACACGUCCCUCAGCUGAAGAAGGAGCUAGAGACGGGGACGAGGUUCCCAGCGGGCCGCAGGAAAUCGCAGAAAGAGCAGCUGUCUCCAGAGGAGGAGGAGAGAAGGAGACUCCGGAGAGAGAGAAACAAACUCGCAGCCGCAAAGUGCAGAAACCGAAGACGACAACUCACUGACAGUCUACAAGCUGAGACAGACAGUCUGGAGGAGGAGAAAGUUGCUCUGGAGGCUGAGAUCAGUGGUCUGAUGAAGGAAAAAGAGCAGCUGGAGCUUCUGCUCAUGUCCCACAAACCACACUGCAAAAUCCCUACUGAGAUGGAAGGAGAGGAAAAAAAAGAGGAAGAAGAAAAAGAGGAAAAGCAGGUCUAUGAUGAAACGACUCAGAAAAAAACUCUGGUUCUCCCCGUCACAUCGACUCCGAGUCUGGAGAAGAUGGCCACCUCUCCUGUUCCUCUUCACCAGGAGCCCGUAAUUUCAGGAGACUCUGACCUGCUGCUGUGCUCUAGUGCCGAGUUGGAGCCUUACAUCGACAUCAAGGACGUGAACAUGGAGGAGCCUGGAUCCAAAAUGGAGUAUGAUGAUGAUGAUGACAUGGACUUGUUGGUUCCUGACAUUGACCUGAGUGCCUCUCUGGGCCUGAGUGAGUGGGAGACACUCUACAUGAGCAUGGGAGGAAGUCUGGAGCCACUGACGUUCGAUUUUACUCAGGCUGAGGAGUGUGAGGGUGGGAAAACAAAACCCACUGCCGAAAACGCCACCCUGCUGACGCUAUGAAGAUCUGAGCUGAAGAAGAAAACAGAUUUAUAUGCAUUAUGACAAAAGAUUCACUUAUUUAUCAAAUCUCAUCUCAUCGCAUUUACCCCCUCUCCAUUUAAACAUACACCUUCCACAAAUACCCUAAACUACACCCAAAAUACCCCUCUCCACUCAAACAUACACCCUCUCAACAUACCCCACAAUCCACCCAAACAUACUAAUUUCCUCCACCCAAAGUACCAUGAUCUCCAUUUAAUUGAGCCUAAUCUCCACCCAAACACACCGACUUGCACUCAAAAUACCCAAAUGUCCACCUGAAAUACCACAUUCUUUACCUAGAUACAUUCAUGCAUUCCUAAAAUACUCAAAUCUACUCCCAGAUUCAUCUAAUCUAAAUCACCAAAUUCCCAAAUGUCCACCAGAAAUCUCCUCACAGGUAGUAAUCUCUGGAAAAAAACUAGGUCUCCACUAACAUGGCACAUUCUCCCAAAAUACUCUGAAAUUCCCAAAUUGGGCUACAAUCCAACCAUGUGGGCUUUACUUUAUCUGAUCCCUAAAUAUUCAACUCCACCCCCUGAAAUAUCAGAUCUUCUCAAUCAUCCAACAUUUACAACUUUCAUACAUCACCAAAUGUUCAUCACAGCCAAGCAAAAACCAGAUCUCCACCUCAUACAUCAGACUCAUCAUGAACUCUCUGCUCUACUUCCAACCAUCAGAUUUUAGCGAGAGGUGGAGCUUCUGCAUUUCCAGCAUCUCGCCUCAUUUGGGCCUCUGAGCUUUUAACUCUCAUUAGAAAUCCUCAGUAGGUGAAACUCGGACUCUCGUCUUCUAAAGAAAAAAAGAGAAGAAGAAGAAAGAAAUGAAUGAUGAAUGAAUCCAGAAGUACAUGAACAGUGACGUGUCACUGCGUGUCUGUCUCGAUGUGAUGCACUUUUACAAACGUUCCUGUGGAGGUCGUGGAACUCAGAAACACUGUAGUGUCGUUGUACGGUGAAUAUUAAUAAUAUCUCUGAUUUUCCUUCUGUUUUUUGAUAAAAGAGAGAAAAAAGCCCAGGCGUAGCGUUUAGAAGAGUUUCAACAGUGUCUGUUUUUGUAAGAGCAUCUCUUCCAGGUCGUAGUGUAGGAUCUUUAUCGUAUAUGAGGCUUGUUUAUGCACUUUUGUACUACGUCACUUUCUGUCCAUGUUGGUGUCGAUUUUGUGCUUUAACACACACA